ACUACGUAAAGAAGCCGCUGCACCCAUACGUCAAAAUUUUGUUAUUUAUUUGGGCGCUUCUUCGUAAACAAGGUCUAAGGCAACAAUAAUAUUUUCUGUACAUGAUUGUUACUAUUAUAGCAUAUUAAAUUGAAAACUGGCAAAAAACUUGUCAUAACUUGUGCAAGUACUCUAAAACCAUACAUUUUUAUAUGGAUUUCAAUUCAGAACAAACUGGAAAUGCAUUACGAAAUGAAAAUAAAACUCAUAGUGCAACGCGGCUGUUGUUUUCCGCAGCGGAAAUAAUGAAUGGAAAUGAGGACGAAGAGGAAAUUUUAGAUAUUGUUAAUUCUUUAGAAUGUUCAAAAUGUAAGCAAUGUGGCAAUUGCAUUGACGGUAUUAAAGAUAUAACAAAAACUAUUCGUAGCACUAUGAUUGAAAUUAACGAAUUGAAGGAGCGUAAUCGGGAACGUCGCCAUAGAGAGUUUGUGGGACUAUUUCAAAAGUAUUUAACAAAUGAUCUCAAAGCUCUUGAGACUUCAACGAAUACAGUAGCUGCUACUGAUUCAUAUGUUAAUCAGUUAAAUGAUGGGGUGAGCUUAGAUAAAGUUGGAUCUCCUCAGCUUUGUGAAGCGGCUAAACUCUCAGAUGUUGAGAAGAAACAGCAACUACCGCAACUUACUCGAAAACGGCGAGACAGUACCUCUAAUGAUGCAAUUACUGAAACUCCGCCAAAAAGAUCAGGUGAAACACUAAAUAAUUUAAAUAUAGAGCCUAUAUCAUAUACACCUCAGACAGAAAUUAUAAAGGCCAGACAGAAAUAUGAACUCGUGGCAAUGCGUGAAAAAAUGCUUGCUAUGCAAAGACGAAAAAUGGAAGAUCGGGAGCGAAAAAAGCGCCAAGUUUCCCAAAUGUGAUUAAAAUAAUUAUGAGCUAUAACAAGGCAUAGAAAAUAUAAACAUUUCUUAACAUGCUAUUUUAGAAUGCUUUAAAAACCAAAAAUAAAUAUAUACAAAUUUGUAUAUCAGUGAGAUCUGAUGAAGAUCAUAACAUUCACUUUUCUGAAAAUUUUACAUUAUUGACUUAAGUUUAAGCAAUUGAAAUUGUUAGUUUUGAGUAUUGUUUAAUUAAUUAAAUUAUAUAUUUAUAAUA